AAAAAAGCAGCAGCCCAUUAAUUAGUUUCUUUGUUAAUUACUCUGCAUUAAUUCUGUUUUUCGAUAAUGGGAAGACAACCGUGUUGCGAAAAGUCGGGACUUAAACGAGGUCCGUGGACGAUGGAAGAAGACGAUAAGCUCAUGCACUACAUCCUCAACAACGGUAUACAAUGUUGGCGCCUUGUCCCGAAACACGCAGGUUUGAUGAGAUGUGGAAAGAGUUGUAGACUGAGGUGGAUAAACUAUCUUCGGCCCGAUCUAAAGAGAGGCGCGUUUACUGAAGCAGAGGAAGAUAUGAUUAUCGAACUUCAUUCUCGAUUAGGAAACAGGUGGUCCAAGAUUGCUGCACAUUUUGGCGGGAGAACUGAUAAUGAAAUAAAGAACCAUUGGAAUACAAGGAUCAAGAAGAGAAUGAAGCUCAUGGGAUUGGACCCGUUGACUCACAAGCCCAUAUUGUUUGACCAAACUUAUAAAGCAGAUCAAGAUUCUAUUAUUACAGAGAGUGUUGAAAUUCAUCAAGAAAGUAAUUUGUCACUCCCACCUUUGGAAGAUUAUCUGCAGAUUCAAGAAAAGGCAGAAGUGUCGGCCUCAAAUGACGAAGAACGAAACGAUGUAACGAACUCGAUUAUGUUCCGAAACGAAGAUUUUUCGGUGGAUUGUUAUUACCAGAGCUGGAUGGAUAACCCCUUUUUCUGGGAUGGUUUCACCACUUUGACAGAUAAUUUUCCAUGACAAAAAAAUUUACUAGUGCAACCAUCUUUGUAUUUUAAGUAUUUGAAAUCAUGGCUAUCGUA